CCUUUUGGUCUACGCUUUUGGUAGAUUUGAGCAAUCAAUAUCUUGUAUUCUGAUUUCGGUUGGUCGUCGUUUAGAAUCACACGAAGAUCGUAAAUAUAUUGGAUUAUUAUUUGUAACAAGUAUGUCCAUAAAUUAACCUGGCCUACGAAUGUAUCGAACAUUAUAGGAAACUAGCAACAGUAAAUUUAAGGUUAGUUACAUCUACGUAUUAUGAAUAUUGAAACCAUAUUAAACCCAAAAUGAUUGUUAUCUUUUGUCAAAAAUAGAAUAAGUCUACGUAUAUAACCAAAUUUUAUGUAAUUGACGAUGAUUUAAAAAGGAUUGGCGUUUCUUUUUUGACAAUCGAUGCCGUUUGCCUUUGACAUGAAUUCAUACCUAGGUAUUUAAAUUAUCAAUGUUUUUGUUUGUUUUGACAUAGUAUUGUUUAAAACCAAAUACAUUUCAGUGAUUUAAAGUGCCUUUAUAAUUUUGGGUAAGUAAAGAUUUACAUAACACAUUUAUAAUUUAUUAGAUCAGAAUGGAAUCUGAAGUUUUUGGACUGUUACAAUGCAUAUUUGAGGUACCUAAAUAACAAGAAAUCAUAUUUUAUCGUAUAACAUUAAAAGUUGAUGCUUAAUUGGUUGUACUUGAAUAAUUUUAAAUACUUUCACUUAUUUUAUAAUUCACAAAUAUACAGAAGAUAUAAUGUCACAAUUUAAAAAAUUAUAUUGUUUACAAAAAGGGUUCAUCCUUAUUUAUGACGAAUGUUAUAUUACUAAAAACCACCCUCAAUAGUGAAGUAUGGAAAUUGCACGUAAGUAUGCAGCUACUGUGUAAGUAUCAUUUUGAACACUUCUAUUUCAAAAGUUUUUAUAGUUUAAGCGUGGAGCCUGUUACCUUUAUUUAUUAUUAUUAUUUGUUUCAUUCCAGUUGUGUGUAAGGAACAGUGAAGAUUUUUUUUAAGUAGUGAAAAAUUGUUUAUGACCGUCCUGAGGUCAUAAACUAAAGUGUAGUGAAUCAAGAUGGAGCUCCCAGACUGCCCUCCUGGUGCAGAGGGAUAUCAAGAUUCUGUAACUGAAGUACCCAAGAAACCAGACGUAGAAACAUGCACUAAGGCUGAGCAGGAGUUUCUGGAACAUCUGAACAGUUUGAAGAUCAAGGUUGACGAUGACACGGUACGGUGCAUGGUGGAGCGACGCGGGCGCGACAUCUCGGGGAAAUGGAUCUACUUGUGCUUCCCUUGCGCAGCUGUAUGCAGCGGAGAGAGCGUCUUACAGACACAUAUAUCGGGGAAAAAGCACAAAACAAGGCUAGCAACUAGAAAUAUUUGGCCGCAAGCAAUAUUCAAAGAACAUCCCUACCUUCUCAAUGAAAGGGGAGCGAAUACUAAACCUGGAGCCAUGUCGAAUGUGCUCAAAAAAAUGGCUGAAGAAGUGAAUUUCCACAAUGCUACAACAAUUGAGGAAAAGUAUAACUACUAUAAGACUUUGCCAUGUCACAUUCAAGACAUUUUAAAUGAAACAAAAGCGGCUCUGUUAGGCAUCGAGUAUCUAGUGGAGCACCCUCCAGAGGAAUCUCAUCACGAGCCCUCGUACGUGUGCACUCUGUGCAAUAAGCAUGGACAUCCCAGAACUAUCGUCAAUCAUCUCACCUGUUUUUGGCAUCGUCAUACGUAUCUUGCGCACCACUUCCCGAAAGCGACGAACCUGCUGCAGCCGUACCGGCGCACGCACCGCGCGGGCUUCGCCAUGACGCUCAACCGCCUCGCGCACUGCAUCGAGCACAAGUACGGACGCAUGAAGCCCGUGCACUGGCAGAAGGAGGAGUUCGACAAGAACAAAGACCAAAUACUAAAAUUGAUAUUCAAAGGCAAACAUUAUGCCGAGGUCGAGGACUGUACCUUUGAAGAAGUCGUUGACGUCGAUUUACUAAAAUCACUUGAUGCAGGUCAUGGACAACCAGGUACUGAAGAGCCAUCGCCGCCGCGUGUUGCUGCGCCUACAAAACCACAAUUUAAGCCUAAUGAAGCGGGUCGAAAGCGUGAGAAUGUGUCAGUGGAUUCCCUGUCAGACCUCAGCGAAGAGGACGAAGCGGCGAAAUUCGGGCGGUACAACAAAGCCAAUAAUAGGCCGGGACAUCGUUUCUCUCCUUAUGGACGUCCAGAUGCUCCAGUACCGGUUAAAAACCGUAAACCUGAGCCCAAUGCAAACAAUGCACGAAAUGAAAGGCGGAGCCGUACCGGAAAUUACGAAUUCAAAGUGAAGAAAGCUAAGGAGCAGCGUGUCGCAGCGGAGGCUACUGCUAAGAAAAUGCUCGCCUACCACGAGAAGAAUCCUGAGAAGCAUCCUCUUUACCCGGAGGAGUGGAAGAAGUUCUGGAAUCGACGCUAUAAGGAGUUGCAAGCAGAUGGAAAAGACCCAUCGAAGCACGAUUUCAAACCGGAGUGGAUAACGUUCUGGACGGCGCGUAUGAAGGAGCUGCACGAAGAGGAGCUACGCAUCACUAUACACGAGAUAUACCGCAAGUUCAGCUUACCGGCUCCCGAAGAUAUCGAACCGACUCCAGCGAAAGAAGAACCGCGAGUGGUGGAAAAGAGAAAGUCACCAAGGCGUAUAUCUCCAUACAAGCGCUUUGAAAGACGCAGAACGCCAGAACGACGUAGGACUCCAGAACGUAGAAGGACUCCGGAGAGGCGUAGAUCGCUAGAACGCAGACGUACGCCUGAUAGACGCAGCCUGAGGCGUACGCCUGAUCGACGACUUAGGUCGCCAGAUCGCAGGUAUAGAUGGAUAAAGGAUCGCCACUCACCACCGCGAAGACGCUCACCAGUGAGGACUCUCAAAACUCGAUCUAGAAGUCCAGUGCACAAAAAUAGCAGUCCGGUCCGCACUCGUGCGAGCCCGCUGUCGGCGCGCGACCGGCGGCGCAGUCCGGGCGCGCGCAACCCGAGCCCGCACCCGCCGCCCUCCAUGCAGACCGUGCUCAUAUCCGACGAUGAGCUCAAACCCGAAGGCAACAUGUCGCCAUGGGAUUCAGACGACUCGUUCGGCUCGUUACCAGACAUGCCCGAACUUCGCUCACGUUCUCGCACUGGCAGUCUCGCUUCACACGCAUCUCGCUUACGUAGACAUGAACCCUCCCGACCGGAAUUUAUUCCAGACCAUAAGGAAUCUAUGAACGAUUUUGGUGGGGCUCCAGAUAAUAUUGUGGCCACGCUUCGGCAGCUGGUGGCGUUAGAGGAUCAUUUGGGCAGCCUCGGACCAAAGGUUGUUGAUCUGCUGGCGGAGGCGAUACGGAUGGAGAAGGAGAAGCCUAACUCCUCGGAGCAGCUACUGGAGCGCGAAACGGCGUUGGUGCUGAUCGAGACGGCGAAGGAGAAGCUGAAGGGCGCGCUGCAAGCCGGUCUCGUCACGGGCGGGGCUGCGGCGGCUGCCCGCACUGCGGUCGUGCGUGCCGCUGCCACGCUGCACGAGGCGGACACGCGCGCUAAGAAGAGUAGUAAGGAAGCGAAAGCGAGCGCUGCUAGUGGCAGCAACAAGAAGGACGGCGUGCCCGUAGCGGGCGUGGGCGAAGUGGACCGGGAAGAGAUCGCGCAGCAGAUGGCCGCCGCGCUCAUCGCGCAGGGCAAGACCGACGUGUCGUCUGAGGAGCUCGCGCAGCUUGUGGACGCUGUGGUUGGAAUGGCGGAAGCUAAAAAGAGGGAAGCGAAACUCAAAGAGCAGGCUCGAGCUAUAGAAUCGAAACCUGCGCCGACUGAACCGAGUGCGAGCGCGUCAAGUGCGGCCUCGGCGUUGCAGUUGUUACAGUCUGCUUACGAUGAUAAGAAAACUGACAAGGAAGACGUAGUGGACGCUAUGGACGGCCUAUCCGACUCCGACUUGGAAACACUCCUGAAGAAUUUCAAUGAGCUAUCAGCAGAGGAGCAACACAGUUUAAUAGCCUAUUUAAAGAAACUCGAAGCUCGCGAGCCUCAACGUGUAGAGAGAUUACGGCAGUAUGUUAGUGCUGAUGCCCCGGAGCCGCGCGAGGCAGGCGAGGCUAGUGAGGCACACGAGGCAAUAGAGGAACCAAAUGAGCCGCUAAAGGAUGAUAUCAGGACUGUCAGUAUAGAGAGUGAUGAUGAUGAUUACGCUGUGGAGGAGGUAUUUAAAUCUGCAACAGAAAAGGUAAAAGAGAAUCAAAUACGACAGGAGAUGGAAAUUGUAAAGAAAUCAAUAGAAGAGGCGAAAUCGAGUCCACCCGCGAUCGAGCCGAGCAGCGCUGCGGCGGUGUUCGAAUUCGCUAAGAACAUUUCCUCUGCUUCAGAUCUCUUGGCACUAGUUCAAGCUUCGAUACAAUCCACUCAGGCUGCACAGGCCAGCACGGCGCCUAUCGCGCAAACGAUAGACCCAACGCCCAUCACUUCCAUACAACCGAGAUCCUUCGGUGACCCCCAGGAUGGACCCCUCAUAGAAAGAAAGCCUCAUAUGGAUAAUCUCAAUACUCAAAAUCGAAUUCCAACCCUAGGAAAUCAAAAUUUCGAUAACUCCAAUAAUUCUUCGUGGCAACCGAAUAAUAAUAGCUUUUUUGACGUGAACGUGAAUCAACCUCAGAGAGACUUUAAUUCUUAUCAAAAUAUGCAAUCGGGGCCGCCGCAAGGCAGUAAUUUUACCAUACCACAAAAUAAUUCCCAGCCACAAAAUAAUUUUAAUCAAGGUCCGCAUCGAGAUAAUAUGCAAUAUCAACAACAAAUGCCUCAGAACAAUUUUAAUGCUCCUGGCAAUUUUAAUAAUUCAUAUCAAGGGCCGCCACCCGGAAAUCAAUUUAAUCAAGCUUCUAGAGGGAAUUUCAUGAAUGGAAGACAGCUAGAUAAUCAAAAUAUCAGACAUAAUAAUCCUAAUCAACAGCAGUUCGGAAAUCGGCAAGCGUUUGGAAACUUCGAGCAGAAUAAUUACAGAGGUCGAGGGAGAGGUUACGGGGGACCCCAAAGAGGUCGGGGAAGGGGUUAUUAUUAGUAUUAUUAAGACCUAGGAUUAAGUAUAUUUUAAAACUUGUCUCAAAAACCAUUUUGGUUUAUGAAUUAUGAUUGUUUUAAAUAAAGGUAUUAAAUUAAA